ACAAGUAUACCUCGUGAACAAUAGAAAGUGUGUUAGCAUACUGAUGUUAGCUUAUAGAUGAAACCUAGCAUGACUGUAGACUCUCUUGUUAUUGUAUAUAACAUAAGAGUUCAGUGUAAUUUUACCAGGUAAUGUUAAUAGGUCUUUAAUUUUCUUUCUUUAAUAAAGUUUACAAUUUAUUGACAUAAUUUCCCCCACUUUGAGUGAACUUGGUUAUUUCCAAUACUUCCAGUUGCACCUGAAGGCAUCAAAGUAACUCCCAUGAUUUUGUGAAACUUUGAACUUUACACUUGAGGAAGUAGAUGAACUGGAAGAGACGCAGACGUGCUGUGAAAAAAUGAAAGCACAACAAUAGUCUUCUGCAGCGUUAACUACCAGAAUGUCCCUCCGCUACCACAACAAAGUUGUGAUUGUCACUGGAGGAUCCAAAGGGAUUGGCAGAGGGAUUGUAAAAGUAUUUGUGGAGAAUGGUGCCAAAGUGGUGUUUUGUGCAAAAGAAGGUGCACAAGGUGAGGCUCUAGAGACAGAGCUAAACAAGGCAGGGCCAGGCUCAUGCAAAUUUGUCACAUGUGAUGUCUGCAAAGAAGAUGACAUCAAGAGAUUGAUUGCUGUCACAGUGGAGUGUUACGGACAUGUUGACUGCCUGGUCAACAAUGUAGGGUGGCACCCGCCUCAUAAACCUAUUGAUGACACCACAGCACAGGAGUUCAGGGAUCUGCUGGAUCUGAACCUCAUCAGCUACUUCUUGUUUUCUAAAUAUGCGCUGCCGUACCUCCGGCAGCGUCAGGGAAACAUCAUUAAUGUCUCCAGUCUGGUGGCAACCAUCGGUCAGAAAGAUGCUGCACCUUAUGUCGCAACCAAGGGGGCGAUCACUUCCAUGACAAAGGCAAUGGCUGUGGAUGAGAGUCGCUACAACGUGCGAGUGAACUGCAUCUCUCCAGGUAAUGUGCUCACGCCUCUGUGGGAAGAAUUAGCAGGACAGACACCAGAUGCUGCAGCGACCAUUAAAGCGGGGGAGAAUUCACAGCUGCUGGGUCGUAUGGGGACUGAGGCCGAGUGUGGACAGGCUGCCUUAUAUCUCGCUGCUGAUGCUACUUUCUGCACCGGGAUAGACCUGCUGCUCAGCGGCGGAGCUGAACUUAACUACGGCUUCAAGAGUCAGAUCCCAUCCUGACAGUCCUGGUCCUCCAAAUCCUCCUGAUGGUUUGCGGAACAGCUGGUUUAAGGGAUUAAAUGUGUUUAAUGCUGAUUUUUAUAUGAUGUUUAAAGUGUGCUGGAUACAUUAGUAACAUGAAUACUAAAUGUUCAAUAUUCAUUCAAGAAAAUAAAUUAAUUUUGUUGAGUAAAUUUGUCAAUUGAGAACUCAAAAGUUUUGGCAUCCUUGUCCUGCUAUGACGUGAACCACUCCCCACCUAUAGACCAAUCAGCGUCAGCCUAUUUGACCUCGAGUGACCGCCACUCUGCGACUCUGCCGGUGUCCGCCAAUCAGAUGUCACGCUUUUGUCACGCCUCCAAAGACUUCCUGUGUGACACCUCACUGGUUUAAUGUAAACGGACACUUUAACCAGGAUGCAAUUAUUAAAGUGAUUUUAUGGUAAUUUAUUUCCCCACUCUGUUACAGAAGGUUAGAUUAUUAACCCAGGAAAAAAACAAAUAAAUAAAAGAUAUAUCACCAACCGUAUAGGAGGGUUUAUAAACCAGCUCAAGUGUUUGUGUUAAAGCACUAAUAUCCUGAAGGGGUUUCUUUUUUCUUUUUUUUAUGUGUGGGAGGUUUUUGACUUCACCUCAGCUGAGCAGCGACUCUUAUUUCAAAGCGGAACCCAAGUCGACUUUGAGCGGAGUGCGUGUUUCUACACGAACAAAUAAUCUCGUUUAUCAUCGUUACGUAGCGGAGAUGGCAGCCCUGCGAACGGCACUCCAUGGACGACUGGUUCAGGCCCUCCCCUUUUCCUUUGGCUCACUGAGGUUCGCCAGCUCGUUUAAGUUUAAUUGUACUUAAUUAAAUUGUGUCUAAUUGACCAGAUAUCUCGACUGACUCUGUAUAACUCUCAACUAAUUGUCCUUUAAAAGCAUGCUCUGUCAAUAACAUCAAUUUAAAAAAA